CAUCGCCAUCGUAUUUUCGGUACGCUUUUAAAUGUAAGUGUCAUUGCGAAGUCAGCAUGCUGAACGGGAAGAGGAUCUGAGAUGGUCUGCGGGAAGAAAGGGAUGGUGGUAGAUCGCAUUGCCAUUAGGAUAUCGACUCGAUUGUACGACUUAUCGCCACCGUUGCUCGACAUACAUUCGCCUUCGAUCUCGGACUGAAGAAGAUUGCAAGGAGGCGCAAGAAUGUCAGCGCCAUCGAUCUUGAUUAUUUGCCAAAUCGCCAUUCCUCAGCCCUCCUCUUCAGCAGGAUCUCGAUGUCUCGAUUCUCUCACCUUAGUAUGAUUCAUGUACUUACAUUCAUCCUCCUCCUUUAAUACAGUCGAAGCGUCUCAAGUCGAUUAACAUCAUCAAAAAUGGGUAAGGUGCACGGUUCAUUGGCUCGUGCCGGUAAGGUCAAGGGUCAAUGCCCAAAAGUUGAAAAACAAGAGAAGCCCAAGCAACCCAAGGGUCGGGCACACAAGCGUUUGUUGUACAACCGCCGUUUCGUUAACGUCGUUUUGGGACCCAGCGGUAAGAGAAAGGCCAACGCUCAAAGCUAAACAAACCUUUUCUCUACUAUGAUUCGAUUCUAUCAAACAUGCUUCACCGUCUCAAGUCCUUUGAUUUCCUUGGAACAUCUACGGUGAUGUCAACUUGGAUCGAUGUUGUAUUUUGGCAUUCCCUAUGAGCAAGCUACGGCUACCAUAUGUACACUUGUCUACUAUCAUGACGACGCAAAAACCACAUUUUUGCUUAUAUUAGCAAUUCAUCAUCUCAAUAUAAACACAUACAUCUCG